CGCGAGAAUGCGUCCCCGCCCCCGCCCGGUCUUCCGCGAGGACCCUGCCCGUCCGCGCUCUGUCACCUCAUAGUAGUCGUUGCCGGUGGCGGGUGCGGGGGCGCGAGCAGCGCUGGGCGGCCUCUCCCCCGCCCCUCAGGCCGGGCCCGGGCUCGGUCUCCCCCCUCCCUCCGCUCCCCGCCCCCGUCGGGUACGGGAAGGUCCUAGCCGCUGCCGGGUGCCUGAGGGACUUCGUGGCCCCAGCCGCCACGGGUCCCGAUGGAGCCGCCGAAUCUCUAUCCGGUGAAGCUCUACGUGUACGACCUGUCCAAGGGCCUGGCCCGGCGGCUCAGCCCCAUCAUGCUGGGGAAACAACUGGAAGGCAUCUGGCACACCUCCAUAGUUGUACACAAGGAUGAGUUCUUCUUCGGCAGUGGUGGUAUCUCCAGCUGUCCACCGGGAGGGACAUUGCUUGGGCCCCCAGACUCUGUGGUUGAUGUGGGGAGCACAGAAGUCACAGAAGAAAUCUUUCUGGAGUACCUAUCCUCCCUGGGGGAGUCUCUGUUCCGAGGUGAGGCCUACAACCUCUUCGAACACAAUUGUAACACCUUCAGCAAUGAAGUGGCACAGUUCCUGACCGGGCGGAAGAUCCCUUCGUACAUCACUGACCUUCCCUCUGAAGUUCUCUCCACGUGCUCACCUGUGUUACCCUCACCCUCCCUGGAGCUGGACCAACUCUACCCUGGCCUGAGUACAACUGCAGAACAAAGAAACCACUCGAUGCUGGCCCCAGCGUUUGUACAGAAUCCUGGCAUGUGCCUUUCCCAUUGCACAUGAAGCAUGCCGCUCCCCAAAGUGCCCACUUACAAGGAGUCUUUGAGAGACAGCAGAGAGAAGGCUGAAUCAGUAGGGUGGCUUGUUUUAAAACUGUUGUUAAUCUUUCUUCCCUGCACCUUGACUCUUUGACCCCUUAAAGACAACUUCCUACUCGCUUCAUACCUUGUGGCACACAGUCAGCCCUCAGUAGAUGUCCUCUUCAAAAACAGAGGUAGCCCCUCCCUCUGAUAUGGCCCAAGCUUUGUGUGCCGUCAUGCAGGCAGUGUCCCCUGAAAGAACACCCACCCGUGCCAUCACACUCCUCCUUCCUUUUGCUGUUGAUUGCAUUCAGGCAACUUCCACCCACUCUAGGACCAGGUCCAUUUACUAACUGACUCAGUUUCUCCUGAACUAGGGCCCUGUCCAACAGGGAUCCUGGCAGGUUCAGCAGGCUCAGCAAGGUGAGCUGUUCUUCACACCUGGUAGGAACCCCUCAGGAAAAGAAGGCUGUUGUCAUUGUCAGGCCACAUCUCCCAAUCCUGGCCCUUCCUUCUUAUUCCCUGGUGGGUGUGUUAAACCUCACAGCAUUACUGAAAGAUCUAGACGGGGCCUUGAGCAAGCACAAGUAUCUGGAAUAGGAUGGGUGGGGUUCCUGGACUUGUCUGAAUAUGGGUUAAUAGUUCUUGGUUUCCUCUGUUUAUGCUUUUAGAAUAUUUCAUUUCCUUUGUUUGAACUUGGGGAUGGGUCUCAAAAAUGGCAGCAUCCACCCAAAAGAAAAGCCAGUAACUGUGAGAUGUGUUCUAGGCAACCAAUUUAGGUUGAAGUGAUCUUGGAGAGUCUCUAUGACUGCCAUAUUUGCAGUCUUCUUUCCAGCUAAGCCACUCUGACAGCAAACUGGGAGUCCUUUAUAAAGUGGCAUUAACACCUUCUGACAACCUGCACUUGUCAUUUGUUGGUUUGUUUUGCUUUUUAGGGUGGCGCCUGCAGCAUAUGGAAGUUCCCAGGCUAGGGGUUGAAUCAGAGCUACAGCUGCCACAGCAACAAGGGCUUCAAGCCGUAUCUGUGCCUUAUAUCACAGCUCGUGGCAAUGCCAGAUCCUUCGAAACCAGGGAUCAAACCCGCAUCCUCAUGGAUCCUAUUCAGGUUUGUAACCCACUGAGCCAUGACGGGAACUACUGCACCUGAAUAUUCCCUGUGCCCCCGAGAAGACCUCAGUUCCCUGAGGAGUCCAAUCGUGUGCUGUCUUCACUGCUGACUUCUUUUUCAUAUCCUUUUUCUUCUUACCUCGGCUUCCUAAUUUAAACUUUAUCUUCUUGUACCAUGAGAAUUAAAGAUACAAGCAUGGAAAGUACAGAAAGCUCUGGUUCCCGGUAUGUACCCAACCUGUUCAAACCACAGCUAACCGGGACCUAGAGGGGAAGGUAGCAGGACGGUAGCGUUUACUGAGGAGAGAGCGCUAGGAGUGAACACAGAGCAGACUAACGCAGAGAUGCCUCUGAGAAAAAGGCUGUGUGAGUCAGGUGAGAGAAUUAAAUGAGGUGAGAGAACUUUCUCCUGGUGUGGCCGUGCUGCUGAGCGUGUGGGCAGAGCUGGGCAUGCUGGCCAGCCACCCAUCCCAGCCCCCCGUCUGCUCUCUCUGCAGGCCCUUCGGACAGGCCCUGCGGCCCCUCCUGGACUCCAUCCAGAUCCAGCCUCCCGGAGGGAGCACGGUGGGCCGACCCAACGGCCAGAGCUAACAGGACUCCAUGGGACCGCCCUGCCUCACCGGGGCUUUUCCUUUUUAAACAAAACAAACCCUACCAGAUUUCUAUUUUAUAAUUUUACAUCAGAGCUAACAACCAGGGGACGGCUUUUUAAAUUUCCCAGGGAAGGAGAUCAUCAGGCUGCACAUAGGACAUUGCUGCUAAGAAACAGAACAAAAUGCCAUCCCUUCUAAUAGUAUUAUACUAAUUUAUUAAGGCUGUCUUGUUUGUGAGUUCACUUUUGACGCUGCUUCCUGAGCGUCCUCCACACUGGAGAAAGGGAGGGGGUUUGUUUAAGCAGAAAGCAAGCGGCACAGUGUGGGGAACCCCAACCUAGGACCUCUUUCCGGAGAAUGCCCACGCUCUACCCAGGUUGCCACCACCUGUGGGAGCCAGGUGGGUUUUACGUUUUCCAUGACCUGGAAGUGGUUACUCUCUAGCAUUAAAUGAACCAAAGGAUAUGGUGCACGUGGGACCACUUUCAAGAUGACUCAGCCAACCUAAAGGAACUCUUUUAGCCACAGUCUCUCCCACCUUUCCUCUCCUCCCUCAGUCAAGGCCACGGGGCCCGGGCUGGAGCAACCCAAAGCCUCAGGAUCGAGGGAGAGCAACAGCAAGUGUCAGGCCAGAAGAAACAGGAUAAAGCCAUUCUUCCUUCCACCCAGACUGUCUGCCAAUCCUCUGACGUGGAUUUUGGAGGACCUGCCUAGCUGUCUGCUGACUGUUCUUCCUCAGCAUAGCUGCCCUGUCACAGCUAGUGAAGGUCGGGAGCAGCAGAAACCCAGCCCUGUUGUCUGCGAGUGAUAACGUAGGUUAUUGUAGUCACUGUACCCACCCCACCCAGGCCAGUGUGCAGUGUUCAGCUGGGGACCAAGGGGCAAUGUCCCCGAUGUAGAAAGAAUAGUAAGGCCAAAUCAAGGUGGCAAGGAAAUUUAGGGUUGUUUCUGGUAGGGAUUUUUACGUGAUCCUAAGUGUGUUUCAAAGGCACGUGUUAUUUCCGGUGUCAUUCUGACUGUAAGGAAGCGAGGUUGAGGGUGUAAGUGGGCAUUUUCCUAAAGAGCUGCUGCUAGGAGCUUAUAGGCAGGAAACAAUCUGGAAGCUUCUCACCUGGAGAGGCUCUCCGAUUCUUUCUUCAAGUGAGCCUCCUUUAAGUUGAGAAAGUGAAUGUGGAGGAGGGCUCAGAUCUUCUCGGUACCUGAGCCCAGCCUUGGCACUUGGGCCCUCCUGCCACGGCUCCUGCCACUUCUCAGACUUGAAUUAUGUUCUCUUUCCUGGGGUCUGGCCUGCAGCAGGUGCCUUUCCUCUCCAAAAAGCUGUUGCUCACGUCCGGCCUCAUCUCCUCCCAUCUCUGCUGUUAGCCAUGGCAGUUGGCAUCACCAGGGUCUUAGCUAGAGAUGUUAUUCUGCGUUAGUGUUUGCCUGUCACCUGACUGGGCACAUCUGCGAUGACUAGCUGUGAUGUCAAGGGACACUUUGGAACUUUCAAGGUUGGAAGACAAACCAUUAAGCACUUUAAUUUUUCCGAAGACCCACUGACUUGCCAGUGUGCAUGGUAAUGAGACAUUAGAGUAGAAACUAGCACCGGCUCUUAUUUAAUGUUGACCCUCUGGCAGAAUUGGGCCACAGCGAGUGGGUUUCGGGCGGGCUUCCUCCUGGGAGGGCAGCGCAUUGGUUGAGGACGUUGCUCUGCUUCCCAGCUGGGUUUCUGCCCUUUUCCAGCUUGCCUCGCCAGCCCUCGCUCUUUCCAGGCCCCUGCUCCAGACCUCUCUGCCCAGGGCACUCAGCUCUAGCCAGAGGGUGAUGGGCAUCAAGGCUCCUUCUUUCCCCUCCCCCAUAUCCAGGCUCAGCUGAUUUCUUUCCCUCCCCCAGUGCUCACCUCCAGACCCAGGGCUGUACCAAGAAGUUAGCCCACGUGGCUCCCCUGAGAGACUUUGAGUCACUUGCUCAUUGAAAGCCACCCUUCAUGCCCAACAGCUAUUUGUGCCAAUGCCUGUGCCUUAGGGUUUGUGGGGAGAGAAGGAGGGGUCAGUCAGCCGUCUUCUCAGAGCUUUGCAGGAAGGCGAGCUCUCCCUCCCCCACCUAAGGCCCACGGUCACUAACUGGAACCCCGGGCCCGGCGAGGACCCCCCCACCCCAUCCUCACAUUUCUCUGUCUACCCCAGAACCUCAGGAGCCUGCUCAUCGUACGAGCUGGCUCCGCACGGGUGUGCGCAGGCGAGCAGGGUGAGAGCAAGCCGUGUGUGUGAUUGUAUCACCUCCAUCGAGGCCCAUUGGUUUAAAGGGACAGGGAAGGAGGAGGAGGGAUGAGACCGUCACCCCUCUCAGAAAUGAAGUUUGUACCUUUGCGAUCCCUUUUCACCCUUGAAAUCAAACUAAUAAUUGUAUCUAGUAUGGAGGUGUUUGCUGUUUUCCUUUGGUAUUUUUUCUAAUGCAAUAAAUUCACUUCUGCCUGCUUG